CUUUUACUCCAAAAAGUACAAAUUUCUCAAAGUUUGGAGUGGGUCCCGAUGGAUGACAAUGUUGUUCGUUAUUUGGCAACCGUUGCUCGUUUCGAACGAUUGUUGUCUGUGAAAUGAGCAACUGACAGAUCAUAGCAAUGGCGACCGGAAACCUGAGACAGAUUGGCCUGAAAUAGCAGCCUAAACAGUGAUGACUAUAGUCAUCACAUCACUAGACGCUAUAGUUUAGGGUUACCCUAAAACUACACAUUUUCACAAGUCUAAAGUCGAAAAAAAGUGGUUAAAUUGAAAUGGCUGUAUUCUGAACUUAUAUUUAAAUGUGGAAAACAUAAUGAGAAGAAGAUAGCAAAUAAAACAAUAAUUUGUUGGGUGUGUAUUGUUACACUUUUAUAACUAUUGGAAUAGAGGACACUUCUAAAGGUUUUUGGACAACACCUCUGUCAAAAUAUUUGCUAUGGAAAAGGAGUCGUACCCUUGACUUUUUACUGUGUUAAAAUUCAGAAGUUGACAUGACGGUAUUUCAGGAAUCGCUGAAAACAUUCACUUAAAUGUGACCCCAAUUCGUGAAAUAUUCAUCCAUCCAUUUUCUUCUCCUUAUGGGAGGUCAUGUCGCAGGGGCAGAAGCUUCCGCAGGGAAGCCCAUCCUUCCUUCUCCCUAACUACUUUGUCCAGCUCUUCCGGGAUGACCCCAAGGUGUUCCCAAGCUAGCCGGGAGACAUAGUCUCUUCAGUGUCUAGAGUUAUCCCUGAGUUCACCUCCUGAUGGGACAUGCCCAGAACACCUCACCAGGGAGGCAUCCAGGAUGCAUUCAAAUCAAAUGCCCGAGCCAACUCAUCUAGGUCCUCUCAAGGCGCAGGAGCAGCAAUUUGACUCUGAACCCCUCCUGGAUCACUGAGCUUCUCACCCUUUCUCUAAGGGAGAGCACAGACACCCUGCGGAAGAAACUCAUUUUGGCCGUUUGUAUCCUGGAUCUUGGUCUUUCGGUCAUGAUCGCAGCUCGGGACCACAGGUGAGAGUAGGAACGUAAAUUUACCUGUACAUUGAUUGCUUUGCCUUUCGGCUUAGCUCGGUCUUCGCCACAACAGACCGAUACAAAGUAUGAAUUACUCCAUAUGCUGCACCAAACUAUGAAGCUCCCAUGCCAUGCUUCCCUCACUUGUGAAGAAGACCCCAAGAUAGUUGAACUCAUCCACUUGGGGCAGGAUAUCAUCCCCAACCUGGAGAGGGUACUCGACCCUUUUCCAACUGAGGACCAUGGUCUCAGAUUUGGACGAGCUGUUUUUAAUUUCAACCACUUCGCACACCGUUGCGAAAUGCUCCUCUGAGAUUUUUAGAUCCAUCCAUCCAUCUUCUACCGCUUUUCAUGGUUGGGUCGUGGGGGUAGUAGCUUUAGCAGGGAUGCCCAGACUUCUCUUUCCCCACCCACCUUAUCCAGCUCUUCUGAAUGAAUCCCAAGGUGUUCCCAGGACAGACAAGAGACGUAGUCUCUCCAGCAUUAUCCUGGGACAUCCCCGGGGUCUCUUUCUGGUGGAACAUGCCCAGAACACUUCACCAGGAAGGCUUCCAGGAGGCAUCCGGAUCAAAUGGCUCCUCUCAAUGCAGAAGAGCAGCCGCUAAACACUGCGCCCCUCCCUGAUGACCAUGGUUCUCACCCUGUCUCUAAGGGAGAGCUCUGGCACCCCGCUGACAAAACUCAUUUUGGCCGCUUGUAUCAGGGAUCUUGUUCUUUCGCUCACAACUCACAGGUUGAGGAGUGUGUUUGGAACGCACCCUCCAGUCCCCUUUCUUAAACCUUUUCCGGGCAGGGGUUGCAAAUUUGCAACAGGUUUAAUAUAAUCGAAAAUUUUAAGUCCAGAGUAUAAUUUUCUGAAACUAUCAGAUUUUUCCCUCUGCAAAAUUUUAUUUGCUUCAGAGAAGGUUAAAAAGUCGGGCCACCACCCCAGUCUGGCAAUCCAGAAGCUCUGUCCCCGAAGUCCACAUGAUGUUGCAGAGGUGUGUCAACUCAGACAGCUCCACAACAUCAGAUUACGGUUUGACACUUUUAGAAUAUAUAUAAAUUUUUUCACACUCUAGACAUGCUUAGGCCAAAAAAUGUGGUUCCAAUUUCGUACAUUUCAGAAUGAGCAUCGGUAGGUAGAUUUAUUUUAGAAAAUAUUUUUACACCGUCUCCAGCACUUUUUGCUGCCAUCUUAUUGUCAAUUAUACUUAAUUUGCGCUCUCUUGUGCUUAAUGAGAUCAAAAUUCAUGAUGCAGUCUCCCAUUUCGAACAACCAGAAUAUUAGCACAGAUGAUAAAUAAACUUAAUCUUGUCACAAACGAGGCGGAGGGUUAGACCCAAAAGCAGGAUGCCGAGACGUAAGCAUGGAUUUUAGGAAGGUUUGUUGUCAGGUAGAGGUUAUACACGGGAACGCAGUCCAACAGGGCGACAGUACAAAAAUCACAAGACAAAAGGCUUGUUCAAAAAAAAAACAUGAAAAACUCGCACAUGGCGAAACAUGAAAAGGUAACUUGACUAGAUAUGUCUCAGUAACGCUAUGACAUGGGAUGAGGCUGUUAUGCUAGCUGACGCUUGUGAACAGACAUGCAUAUACACACAAUGAUCUGGCAGCAAAUGGCAUGAAAUAAAAGGCUUAAAUACACAACCUAAUCAGGGCGAAAUGAGGUGUAGCAGCACGCACAAGGAAGUGGCACACAGCCAGACCGCUGCUCGCUGCAGGCGGAUCUGCGCAUGACCGUGGAGAACCACGCACCUGAGAAAAUUAUUCCAUGGUGUAAAAAUGUUAUGAUCGUUGCGAAUUUUUAGGGUCAGUCGGGAAAUUGGAACCACAAGAAUUUUUUUUUUUACACCUUAUUGUGAAUUGUGAUGAAAUACUCAUCUAAUGUUAAUAUUUGUAAAUACACUAUAUUGCUAAAAGUAUUCACUGACCUGCCUUGAUUAGGAUAUAAAUUUAAGUGACGUCCAAUUCUUGAUUCGUACUGUUUUAAAUAUGACAUCGGUCCCUGAUGUGCAGUUAUAACAACUUAAACUCUUCUGGGAAGGCUUUCCACAUAGUUUAGGAGUGUGUUUAUCGGACUUUAUGACCAUUUUUCAAGAAGCGCAUUUGCAAGGUUACCAUAUGACAGGCGUGAGCAUUUCACGGAAACGAUCGUUCCGUUACCGUGUCGUUACCCAGCCUUAGAAAACACGUAACCAAAAGUCAGUUUCCCAGAUCACAGGGCUUACUUUUAAUAAAAUUCGCCCACGUGUAGAAUGUAAAACAAGUUCUCAACGAAAUAUAACAAUUUGUAUAAAACAAACCUACAUGAACCCCUUUAUUUUUAAUGAUUAAAACGCCCUGCUUUGUCAGUGUGGUUUACAAACGGCACCGGUUUCCGCUUCUGCGCUACGCAUGAGCAAGGUCGAGUUAUUCAUAUCCGGGUCACACAAACACUAGUCAAAUAUGUCGGUUGCUAAGCGUAAAAGACAAGAGACUGUGUCCCUAAAGACGUUCCAAAAGUGGACUAUAUCUGAAGAAUUUAUUGCCGGAACCAAUGAAGAAGGUGAGGUGAUAAAGCUGAGGUGCAGAAUAUGAAUAUAAAAUCGUUUCCCACCGUUUCCCAGGACAAAAAUCAACAGAACCGAAAGAUCGGUUCCCAUACUUGCCGAAAUCCUCAUGCCUGAUAUGAUUUUGGACAAGUAGUCCUUGCUCUCAGUUUGUGCUGUAAUUCAUCUGUGCUGAUGGGGUUGAGGUCAGGAUUAUGCCAGCCAGUCAAGUUCAUCUACGUCAGUCUCUUCACGAGUCUUCAUUUCUGCACUAAUGUAGUCAUUUUGGAUUAGGCCAUUUCCAAACUAUUCUCUCAAAAUUGUAAAUGUCCAAAAUAUUAGCCUCACCGGUCCAAUGAAAGGAACUCUGAAUGCUUCAGUAUAUCAAGAAAUUGUGUACAAUCAAACAUUUUGACAAUUACCCCUUCCUAUUCCAAGAUGACUGUGCUCCAUAAAGACAUGGAACAGAUAAUUUGGUAUGGAUGAACUUGACUGGCCUGCAGAGUUCUGGCCUCAACAUGAUGGAAUACCUUAUGUUGAUUUUAAGUGGAUAGUGAGACAGGUGUUCUCAUCCAACAUCAGUGUGUGACCUCACAAAUAUGCUCCUUUAAGAAUGGACACAAAUUUCCAUAAACUCACUCCUAAACCUUGCUGAAAGCCUUCCCCCAAGAAUGUACAUCCAUCUACCCAUUUUGUGAGCUGCUUAUCCUCACAAAGAUCGCAGGAGUGCUGGUAUCUAUCCCAGCUAUUUUCGUACAUUUUCAUCCAUUCAUUUCCUUAGCUGUGCAUUCUCACGAGGGUCACAGGAGUGCUGGAGCCUAUCCCAGCUAUCAUUGGGCAGGAGGCAGGGUACACCCUGAACUGGUUGCCAGCCAAUCACCUGGCACAUGGAAACAGACAACAGUUGCACUCACAAUCAGACCUAAGGCCAAUUUUGAGUCCCCAAUUAAUGCAUGUUUUUAGGAUGUGGAAGGAAACCAAAGUGCCUGGAGAAAACCCACACAGGCAUGGGGAGAACAUGCAAACUCCACUCAGGCAGGGCCAGGAUUUGAACCCCCUGGGCCUCAGAACUGUGAGGCCAACAGUCUAACCAGAUGCACCCUCACGCCGCCUCAGCCAAUUACUAGAACAGUUGCCUGUGGAACCAUAAAUUAGAAAGCUACAGAAAUCGACAGCUGAGAUGGAAAAUGCUGGAACACUUGAGGAUUCUUCUGUCUGCUCAACCCCCACCGGCUCCUUUCACAGUGGAAGACAUCAAAAACAAGUUCAAGAAUCUUCGUACCACCUUUCAAAGGCAGUACAAAGCGGUGAAGGCGAGUGAGGUGUGCGGUUCAGAUGUGUUUAUACCGCAGUGGAAGUACUAUCAACAGCUGAUGUUCCUGCAGGCUACAGGCCUCGAUGACUGCACUGAAGCUCCACUGCAGUCCACGUCAAUUGUUUCACAGGAGGAGAGCCCACAUGUCCUCACGACCCCAGGUCUCAUCAUCUCCAUCAUUCCCCCUGAAUCCCCCACCACAACCAACUCAUCAUCAUCCUGCAUCCUCUCAAACAUCGUAGCUAAAUCGCUUUGGACUGAAGAGAAGGAAUGUGCGCUUAUUGAGUUCUAUGCAGAACACAGCUGUCUGUGGAACAAGAAGUCUAAAAACCACAACAAUCGUCCGCUCCGAUUGAAACUUCUGAAGAUUUUAAGGAGACGGUUGUCUGACCACUCUGCAUCUUUCUCAAUUGAAGAUAUAAAAUGCAAGUUCAAGAAUCUUCGGACAGUUUUUAACCGUGAAUACAAAGUGGUGCAAGUGAGCAGGACAUCUGAUAAACUCUAUCACUCUAAAUGGAAACACUACCAGCGGCUGCUCUUUCUCUGUGACUGGUGCAAAAAUGAAGAUAGCGCAGACAACCUGCAGGUACUGAUGCCACAGGAAGCACAAGUGGUGGAACGUGGAAAAAAAUUACCAUUGUCUACCCCGAGCAGCUCCUCAUGCUCCACCCAAACUAACACUUCGUCCACCAUCAGGCAGAUGGAUGCCUACACCAAUACCGCUGCGGGUUUCCAAAUCUUCUCUGUGUCUUCAGAUGACCUAAAACUACAGAAUCAAAAAACUGCUUCCACAUGCCCAAAUUCACGAUCCAGUUCACCACUGAUUAGCAAACCUUGUGCAAACAAUCCCCCUGUCAAAGUUCUUCCAUCCAGUCCAGUUCAACUAAAUUGUGGUCUGAUUUCUGACUCCCGCUGCCAAUGGAAUGAGGCCAAAGUUCAUCAGCUCAUAUCAUUUUACUCCGAGCACGACUGUUUGUGGAACUAUAAGUCGGAGAGGUACAAGAACAAGUUAAUGAAACAGUCUCUAUUAGAGACUUUAAGCAUCUUACUCUCCAACAAUGAACAGCAAUCAUACACAGUGGAAGACAUAAAGACAAAGUUUAGGAACCUACGAACCAUCUUCCAACGUGAACAUAAGGCAGUGAACUCUAACAAAACAUGUGGUUCAGAAGAUUUUUAUGUCCCCAAGUGGAAGCACUAUCGAGAGUUAAUGUUCCUCUGUGAAUCUUGUGACGAGGAGGAGCAGCCUAAAGAUAUCAUCUUUCAACAACCGGCAGAUGUUAGCAUCAAUCCUCCAGACAACCAAAUCCCCCUCACUUCCUCCUCCCAGCAGUGCCAAGGCACACUUGAAACAACCAGUCAAACACCUAACAUCAUGAAGAUGCUUCAAUCAUCACCCUCACCUACUCCAAAAGACAGCCAGCACUCACUGCCCUCAUCCUUGUACUCUACAUCGUCAUCUCACACCGACUGCAGCGUGUUGGGGCAAAAACGUGUAAACCAACCCCCGCUGCCUGCCACAAUUGAGGUUCUGGAUUUCAUGAAGACAUUCUAUCAAAGUCAGAUAAUGUCGCCACAUGCUGGUUUCCUGAAGUAUGUAGAGGAGUGUCUUAAUGAGACACCUCCAGACAAAGUCAAGCGAAUGAAGAUGAAGAUAAUUGAGACAAUUCACAACAUAUCAGAGGAAGUUUAGUUGGACUAUGAACAUUUUCAUUGUCAGUUUUGCCUGCAUAAUGCAUUGUCAUGAAUACUUACGAAGGUCAACUACGAGGAUAGAAUCUCUUGUGCGUAAAACUCUUUAAGGUAAUUUACAAGCUGUAUUUUUAAAUUAGGUGCGAAAAUUGAUUUUAUUGAACUUUAUUCAUAGAUCCUUCACUGGAAAACUAAACAGUAAGUGAGAGAAUUUCCAAGUAGGAAAGAAAAUUGUUGUUUCUUAACUGAACACAUUAUCAGUGACUAUACGCACCACCUCAUUUGCUUAGGCCGUGCGUAUCAAAUGCAUAUUUUGUCACUGCCCACAUUGUAGUUAUAGUUUUCUUUUAAGGGCCAUUAUGUCUGUGAAAUCCUAUUAUUUCAUCAUUUCAUUGUAUUAAAUAGUAA